AUGAAAACGUUGAGUCUUAUCUUGUUAGGCCUUGUGGCCUUAACUGCUGUCGACGCACAUAUUCGCUUGAGUUUUCCUAAAGCAAGAAUGUUCGAUUUGGACUUUUUAGACAAUGUCAGAACGCGUAGUCCGUGCGGUAUGCCUGAAAAUGCUACCGGAAAAGGUGUCUAUAAAACUAAAUUAAUGACUGGCUCAGCUGUCGAUGUAACUUGGCAUAUGGCUUUCCCCCAUGGUGGUGGUUUCCGCAUCCAAAUUUUGCAUCGCAACGGCACUAUUGCUCACGAAUUAACACCAACCAGUUCUGGUACGCCAUGGUUUUCAGCCAAUAAUAACACGGUUCAAAAUUAUUUGGCUAUGCUACCGAGCGGUUUUACUUGCGAUCACUGCAUUUUGCGAUUAACUCGAAAUGCCAGAGAAUGGGUCACAACCAGCGGACCUUAUAUCUUCUGGAGUUGCGCUGAUGUCGAAAUCAAAAAUUUCCAAUGUACUCAACUCGAUUGCUACAACGGCGGUAGUAUGCCUUCCAACUGUAAUAAUGCCUCUCCAUCAUGCACGUGCAGCAAUAGCAUGUCUAGUGGAGACCGUUGCCAAUAUACAAAUGAAUGUGAAACCAAUGCAGAUUGCAACAAUAAAGGUCAAUGUAUCGCCAUCAAUCAAGAUUAUUACUAUCCUUUGAAGCAAUGCUUUUGCAAUGCUGGUGCAUACGGUUAUAAGUGCGCCAAAACAAGUUCGCUAACAACGGCUAUGCCAAGCGAUACCUCUUCAUAUACCUAUAGUAAAUUAGAUACCAAUAGCGAGAUUUGGUAUAAAAUAAUCAGUGCAUCCAGUGAAGUCGAAGUUAUUCAUAAAACCACAACCAAGAGUUGGGCUGCUCUCGGUUGGCGACCACAGGGAUUGCGAGCAUCGUGCCAAUUAUUUCCCGCUGGAGCUGCAGCUGGCCUUUUGAUUGGACCUGGAGGCAGACCUGAAGGUAAUGCUGAAGGUAAUCCAGAAGGCAACGCUGAAGGUACUACUAAACCAGAAGGCAAUGCAGAAGGUACUACUAAGCCAGAAGGCAAUGCAGAAGGUACUGCAGCAGCUGAAGGUACUGCAGCAGCUGAAGGUACUGCAGCAGCUGAAGGUACUGCAGCUGCAGAAGGUACAAGCAAACCAGAGGGCACUGCAGCACCAGAAGGCAAUGCAGAAGGUACAACCAAACCAGAAGGCAAUGCAGAAGGUACAACCAAACCAGAAGGCAACGCAGAAGGUACUACCAAACCAGAAGGCGAAGGCACUACCAAGCCGGAAGGCGAAGGUGGCAACUCCGAAGGCGGUGGUGCUGCUGGCGGCCCUGUAAGCCAUCCUAUGGACUGCAUGGAUAUGGUCAUUGGUAGUGCUCGCGGUAACACUUUCAGAUUAUUUGAUUACUAUUCUCGUGAUCGUAGUACACCACGAAUGGAUGCCUAUUACGGUGAAACGGACAGCAUCACUGCUGCCGUUGGUUCUGAGGUCAAUGGUAUUACAACUUUAAGAUGGCGUAAAAAGCUAACAGCUGACGGUCAAACCGAUCAUGAAAUCAAAGAUACCAUUAUGGAUGUCAUUUAUGCCUAUGGACAGAAAUCACCAUUCUCGCAUCAGUUUCCAUCUGGCUUAGUUAACUCACAUCGUGCGAAUGAUUACUACGGAGACGAUGAGCUAAAAUACCAUGGUUAUCAAAAUCGCGGUCGUCAAUCGCUUAACUUUUAUGGUGGCACUAAAUUAACCACGGGUAAUUGCGCUGGCAGCUGGGGCACUGGAUGUGCUGCAGGAGCGUGCGUCAACAACUUGAAUUGGAACGUUUACAAUGAUGGCACUGUCCACUUUUCCAUGUCUGCAAAAACAGAUAAAUGGAUUGCCUUAGGUAUCUCCGACGAUACCAAGAUGCCCAAUACCGAUGCUAUCGUUGGAUGGGUUUCGAGUGGAAUACCAUCCUUGAAAGAUCGUUUUGUAAAUGGCUAUGCCCCACCAGCUGUCGAUGCCAUUGGAAAUGUCAAUUUAGUCAAUGGAUCUUUAGUAAACGGCGUAACUUUAUUAAAUUUCUAUCGUAAAAUUAAUACUACAGAUACACAGAAUGAUAAGACUUUACAUGGAUGUCACUAUUUCAUAUUUGCCAUUGGUGGUAACUACAACAAAAAUAGUUAUGCUAUAAGUAAGCACGCUUCAACGCCAUUUGUAACCAUUAGGAGAGUUUGUAUUGAUGGAAGCAAAUGUUCACAAAACAAGCCACCAUUAACGGGUGGCGCUCUUAGUAUUUUUACCAUGACGCAUUUGUUGAUCACGAUAUUUGGUCUUGUUGUUGCUAAAUUAUUCUAGUGUAAUUGGCAUUAAUUAACCCUAUAAUAAUAAUUAUUAAUGGUUCGCUAAUCAUCUCAAUAUUCUUUGCAUCAUCCUAAUAUUCAUACUUCUGUAUACGGUUACACAUUGCCACCCUGGAGGUUGAUUGUUAUUUCUAAUUCCUAGUAUUCAUGAUGAUCUAGUUGUAAAUUAUAUAUGAUAUAUGAUAACUUAAUCUGAUGUUGUAAACGUAUAAUGAUGUGUGUUUAUUUGAAAUGCCAUAUCAUUCACAUACCAUCGAUCACCUACUUUUAGAUAAUAAAAUUGAAUAUUGU